CGGACGUGCCGGGGCGCGCGGCGGCCGCCAGCGGCUGCGUGAGGUGAGACGUGCGCGAGCCGCGCCCGGCAGCCAAUGAGAGCCUGCGGUGGGCGGGGCCGCCGGUUCCAGUCAGCCCGGGCGCCAUGUCGGUGGCGUUCGUGCCCGAGCGGCUGCGCGGGAAGGCGGAGGUGAACCAGGAGACGCUGCAGCGGCUGCUGGAGGAGAACGACCAGCUGAUCCGGUGCAUCGUGGAGUACCAGAGCAAGGGCCGGGCCACCGACUGCGUGCAGUACCAGCAUAUUCUGCAUAGAAACCUCAUUUAUUUAGCUACAAUUGCUGAUGCGACGCCACCCAGCACGCAGAAGACUGUAGACUGACUGCGCAUACCUGGACACGAGCAGUGAUGCUUUAAGCGUCUGUAGAAAUGUUUAGUCUAGAGUCCCAUUUUGAGAGCUCAGAAGGUCUUGAAAGGCAGGUAAAAAGUCAUCUAUACUUUCACAAUAAAAACAUGACUCUAGUUUUUUAUAUAAUAUUAGGCUAUAUUUUUUUCUCCAUUACUGCGAGCAGAACUUAAGGGUGAUAAUUAUUUUCCACGCUUCCUUUUUCCCCCGAAAAUCUCCAUGUAGUAUAAUUCUGAAAACAGCCUGGUUGCCAGGACAGCAGCACCAGAGAUGCCUUUGGAGGGCUCUUGCAGUCUCAUUGAAGCAGAGGCUGUUUCACGACUAUGUUUGUACAAUACAGGGCACACAUUUAGCUAGGCAGCUUCUACCUCCACCAUGACACAGUCAAUCAUACAUUGCCACAUAUAGAAGCAACAGACUGGUUUGUGUCUUGUAUCAUGGUUAAUAAACUAAAAGUGUUCUUUGUAAGUCAUAGUAUAUUGUGGAUUGAUGUCAUAUGCUAAUGAAGAAGCAGCUCAGUGAUUUAGCGAAAUAGAAAUGUUAACUUUUCCAGGGAAAGAUGGGACUGUUGCAUAACUUGGAGCAAUUAAAUGCGAGCGAGAAAUCAAGCCUUUAUUUCAGUGAGAGAAGGCAGGGUGUUUGCCCUAGUUGUGUCAAGACUUUUCCUUUUUGCUUGAAAUGCUCUGUACUGCAGACUCUGUAAACAAGUAAAUUCUUGUAUAAUCAAAAUGGA